UUGUCUCUGUUUAUCCAUUUUCAUGAAUCGUAUACUUUUCUUGAUCUGGGUUGCCAUUUUUUUGGGUUUUGGUUUCUGGGUUUUGAAUUUGUUUGUUUUCCCAAUGUGGGUUUCUUGAUAUUUUGUUUUUUUUUCCUUUAAAUCGAUUCUCCUCCUUGAGUUUUUAUACCGUUUAUUCUCCUUUUUCUUAGAAUCAUAUGAUUUCGACUUGAUGUCUUGUUUGGUAUUUGGUGUUUUAAGUGGUUAGUUUUCCUUACAUGCUUGCAUUUAACUUGAAGAAGUGCAGAAUUUUCAAUCAGUUCAGAGGUCUUAAAGAACUACAUUUUUUAGUCUUAAGAACUAAAUGUUGAAAGAGAAGGCAAAAUCUUACUGUUUUCUUUGUAACUGGGGUAUUGAGGCUCAACACUUAUAAUGCUGAUGACUCAUUCCUACUAAUUAUCGAGGAGGUUUUGCCCAAUCUUAACCUAGAAUUUUGGAGGGCAUUCCAGACAUCUGGGGUUUAACAAAAUUUUGUACUUAUAAACAACAGUAUGGAGUAUUUGGAUUUGCAUUUGUCCUAAAGAGCUAUUUUACAUGAUUUUUGCUGGUUUGUUUCUCAAUCUAGGAACCAUUUCUUUGAUUAGAGGAAUUUCAUUCUUUUUGAAAUUGGUUUUUGAGUUUGCUCCUGUCUUAAUUUGUGAGAAAACAAGGAGGGAAAAUAAACAUCUAGAAUUCUUUAGUUUGUAUCGUUGCAAGUAUCUAUAGCAUCGGGCUCAAAAUAAACUUCUCGAGUAAAAUAAACUGUUCUACUGCAGGUGAUGUUUUUAAUAGUUAGAUGCCCAAAAAAUUGAAAAGCUUGAAGGUCUCAACCUUUGGUUUCUUCUGUGUUGUUUUACUUCCUCGGAUAAUUGAUGGAGAAUUUGCAUGUMAAUUCCAAAAAUCUUGAAAAUGGGGGAUCAUUUUGUGCUGUUAGUGGAUCGGUUGCUCACUGAAUCAAACGUUGAAGCUACUAUUGAGAGCAAAAACAGAAUCCAUCAGCCCAUGGCCUCAACAAAUGUAGAUAAUGUGAUAUCUUCCUUAAAUAUAGAUGUCGAUUCCAUGUUGCCUUCAAGCAAAUCUGUUGAGUGCAGAAUUUGCCACGAUGAGGAUGUCGAAUCAAACAUGGAGACCCCAUGUUCUUGCUGUGGCAGCUUGAAGUAUGCUCAUCGCAAGUGCGUACAGAGGUGGUGCAACGAGAAAGGCAAUACAAUGUGUGAGAUUUGCCACCAGCAAUUUAAGCCCGGGUUUACAGCACCUCCCCCUGUAUUUUAUUAUGGAGGUAUUGGUUCGCCAAUACAUUUCAGGGGAAAUUGGGAGAUGUCUAGACUGAACCUGCAUGUAUCUGCAGGAAUGCCUGAUCACGAUUAUGUUGAUUCUGACAUUGAUGAUUUCCUCGCUCCCUCUCCGAGAAGCGUGUUGUGCUGCCGCAUAGUUGCAGUUAUUUUUAUCGUUCUCCUCCUCUUACGCCAUACGCUACCAAUUAUAAUCAGCGGAACUGGAGAGUAUUCAUUGACAUUGUUAAUGUUGCUCAUCUUGAGAAUUGUUGGGAUUCUUCUGCCAAUAUAUGUCAUGGUUAGGGCGUUUACUUCCAGCCAACGGCGUCGCCAUUAUCAGGAUCCAUUAGAUGAUGAAAGUGACUCGACGAACCAUCCUCAACCACGCUUCAUCCACUUGAGAUAGUAAUCCCUCGGCCCCGUUUCUGAUAUGAUGGAAAUGAUGCUAUCGACAAAAAGGAAGGCCAUCAAUGGCAUUCAUAGCAAGGAAGUUACGAGGUACGAGUCUGCAUCCGGUCCUUGUAGCAAGACACAACCCGGUUUCAUCAUUUGUGAGGGAGUCAGCAGAAACUCCUUUGGUUAAGAAUCUAAUUUCUUGUGCAAUGGAAUCAUUGGCUCGAGUCUCUGAUGUAUAAAAGCAUGGAACAGUUAGUAGGGGAUUUGAUCUGUAUAUUAAGUAUUGAUUUCAAUAUUCUGUGUA